CUAAACGUCAAUAACAUAAGGAUUUCGUUGGUCUGUGCGCGGUAGUUUGAGUUUUUGCUCAUGAAAAGUUUUUGGGCGUUUCUCUUCACAGUCUGCUCUGUCUGUGACAUUUUCUCCAGACAUCGAUGUGUUUUAAACACGAGUGAGAUGCGUAACGAAUAGAUUUUUCACGCAAAAAUGAACUAAUUUAAUCGCAUUUGUUACCGUUCUGAAGAACUCUAAGAGUUUGUUUGACUAUUAUCGGUGGGCUGCCGACUAAACCAGGAAGUGCUUCUUAUGUCAACAGACAUUGUAUUAACUUUUCCAGCCUGAUAUCUGAAGUAAAUCCUAUCUGAAGGAAAUAUUUAUUCGCUUCCCCUUCUUUUCUUAAGAAGUGUCGGUGGACUUGUUAUUAACUAAAUUAAUCUGCAUCCUGGGACAAAAGAAAGACCUACCUUUGCGUCAGCAAGCCCACCCUGACUCACAUUGACCACUCAAAGGUUGAGAGGAAACGAGGACUAACAAAUAGACGUUUUUGCUUUUGAAACUAAAAGAUGGCCGAUCAGCUGCAGAAACUUGUUUCACAGAAGAAGGAUGUUGUCGAGACCGUCAUGGAAGUGUUUGAGAAGGGCGCAGAAGUGGUGGCCAGCAUCGCUGGAGAUCUGUUCCCUGUGUUCUCCAUCGCAGCUCCGAUCGUGAAGCUGAUGUUGGAUAACGUGGAAAGCAAAGAGGCCGAGUACAUGAAGGAGCAGUUCCAGAAAGUGCGAGAUCGACUGGAAGUCGUUUCUGAAGAAGUCCAGCAGAUAAACCAGGAGAUCAAAAAGAGCGGCAUAGAUGCAACCUACUUCUCCGUGGAGGAGAAUCUAACCAACCAAUUCCGCAAAUUCAUGGACGUCUUGAAUGCGAAACCUAAAUUCAGAGAGGUCAGAAAGAAAACGUUCCUGGAGCACUUCAACAGGACUGGGGGUGAUAAAAACCUGCACACUCUUUAUAACGCCGUAACCGGAGAUAACUUCUCAGGAGAGUCUGUGCUGGAAAUCACUCUGAAUUAUGAGCAGAAGAGCCGCAGAGCGGUGGAGGAGUUUUGCGCUACACUCAAGAAACUGUUCUGCGUUGGUUUGAUCGCCUUACUGGGACACGCAGCAUUGAAAGGCGAUGAUAAUGAGGAGAAGCUGCUUCAACAUUGGAGUGAGAAGAUGAAAGUGGUGCAGGAUAAAAUGAACGUCGUGAUUGAAGACUGCAUCAACAGCUUUCCGACACAGGCCGAGCUGGACGCCAAACACAUAGUGAGAGACCAGAGUGACAAAAGGAACCAGCAACUAGCCGACUUGCUGGUAGAGCACCUGAAAAAGAAGUACGACUGGGUUUGCUGGUCAGUCCGCGUCUUUAACUCCCCCACCGGCAUGUUCACCAACAAGAAAGACUUCCACGGUUUGACGGGAAAGAGUCGCUUUCAGGUGCCAUCGUCAGAUGACAAGCUAAAUGUUGUGGUCUCCUAUAGCGCCUCGCCUGAACCCAUCGAUAAAGCCCGGAUACAGAGCCUGAUUUCGGAGCAGAAGAAGAUCACGAUGACGCCGUUGGCUGAACUGCUUUUUGAGACAAUCCCUUUAAGUGUGGUUCACACAAUCAAGACCUCAUGCAAAGAUCUGGGCUUCUCCAGCAGCUUCUCUGACGAGCUGCACUUCUUUGAGGAGUUCAAGAGCUUCUGUGUCUUUCUUCAUUCUGCUUAAACAAGGAGGGGAAAUAGAAAGAUUAACAGCAGAUGUUGUAGGAUGAUAUUCGAUUCAACCAUUAUAAUUAGACUACUUAGCCUCUCUAAGGUUAUGCCUUGUGACCAAAAUCAACUAUUGUACUCUACAAUCUUUCUUUUUUCAUCUUUUUCCUAGUAUUUCCUUUAUCUCUGCUUGUUUUAAAGCUGUAAAUGAACACUUCAAUAUAUCAAAUUUGUGUUUUCAAUAUACCAAUGUUUUGUACUCCGUUAUUAGUGUGUUUGGUGGGUGACGGUAGGGUUUUAGAGACUAGGCUGGGAAAAUAGGUAGUCUUGUUGGUGCCGAUAUAGCCUUGUGUGCAGCGUGCCCGACAUACAGCACUGUUGCGUCAUGUUUGCACAGUUGUGUUUAAGAGUUGUGAGGAAGAACUAAUUGCUAGAUUUGACAAAGUUUUACAGGUUUUUAACAUCACAUUUUUGACAGAAACACUUCUAGGUAAUUAGCUAUUCUCAAGCAAAACUGAAUAUUUGUUUUUAUAUAUAUAUAUAUAUAUAUAUAUAUAUAUAUAUAUAUACAUACACAUACAUACACAAGUCCUUACCUUAAUAUAUAAACAAAUAAUAAAUAAAACAAAUAAAAUUAAAGGACAACGCGUAGAAAAAAAGAUUUAAAAAAAAAAUGUGACAGAGAGAACUUGAGGAAGGAGCUUGAGUUUUCUUAAGUUUGUCUGAACUUUUAAUACUUUUAAUAUUUGGAUGGACUUCUGAUUACAAAGUAUGCACACAUUUUUCAACUGUGUUUUCUCUAUAGCAUGUGUUUUAGCAAGGGUUGCUGCAAAAUGUUUUUCUGUCAUUUUAUUUCUAUUAUUGUCCCUUAAUCUAUUUCAGAUUUUACUCGCCCCUAAACGGCAAGUCGAAACACUUUACUAGACAGUCAGGUCUCUUUCUGCCUAAGUAAGCAGUUCUUGGCUGUAAUUUACAAGUGAACCAGACAGUCUGGUGAAGUUACUCCAGAACAAAUUUCACUACAGUUAAAGGUUUAGACAAGAACCUGCACAAGUGACCACUAUAGAUUCUGACUGAGCACAUACUCUGUUGUUGGUAAAAUAAAUACAUGUAUUUAGCAAGGAUGCAUUGAGCUGAUUAAAACUGACUGUUAAGGCAUGUAUAAUGUUAUAAAAUAUUUCUAUUUCAAAUAAAUAUUAAUCAAAGAAUCAA